AUGCCGUGCCCCAAGGGCACGCGCACGAAGGGUCUGUCGAAGCGGUACACCAAAGGCUUGCGCCACGCCGCGGUCACGAAGCGCGCACGAACCGAAACCUUUCUCAAGAGGACGGCGUUCAUUGAAGAAAAAUUAAAAGAGAUGGAUGCGCAGAGCGACGACGCCGCCGCGUCGCGAGCGAUGCGGUCGUCGGCGAUCGAUGCGGUGCCGACGAUCGAGGGUGUGAUGCCUCUGAGGCCGAUACCGAAUAAGCGGGGGACGACGAUCGAUGUGGAGACGUACAGGGCGGCGACGCGAGACGCGAGCGCGAGUAAAGGCGUCGCGAGCACGUCCGGCGGGUUAAUAGGACGGUUAGCGUUCGUCGAACGCACGGACGUGGGAACGGAGACGGUGGGGACAGAGGAGGGGGGUGGUGAAGACGAGGACGGUGAAGACGACGACGCGAACGAAGAAGACACUAGAGAAGAGGUGCCCACGCCGGCUCUCGAGGCGCCCGUCGAACGCUUGGGGAGCGAAAAGCGACGAAAAGCCAAGCUCAAAAAGAAAUUGAGAGCGAAGAAACAGCGUCGAUGCUGA